AGCAACUCCUUCCAAUCGUUGGCUUGCUCUCUGGAACCAUUGGCAACAAUUAAGAAUGAAGAGACCGAGGAAGAAGAGAUGUCAUCGACAAAGAAAAAUCGCAAAAGUCGUACGAAAAGACAGGAAAAACCACCUUAUAGCUAUAUAGCUUUGAUCGCUAUGGCAAUACAGAAGCGACCGGACAAAAGGGCUACGUUGGCGGAAAUCUAUACGUUUCUACAAGAGCACUUCGACUUCUUUCGAGGCGAAUAUGUGGGCUGGAGAAACUCCAUUAGGCACAAUCUCUCAUUGAAUGAUUGUUUUGUGAAGUUGCCGAAGGAGGCUGGGGAGAGAGGUCGCAAAGGCCAUAAAUGGACGAUAUCAGACAACUGCGAAUUCCUCCUAGAAGAAGGUGCAUUCAGGCGACGUCCUCGCGGUUACAAAGCCAGGAAACGACCCAUGUAUGGACAGUUUACCCAGUUCGAAUAUCCUCAACCUUUGCCCGAGUACACAAUGGAAAAAACGGUAAUGGAUCCGAUGACAGCAGGGACGUCAACG